AUGCCAUAUACGAAGGGAAUUGGAAAUGCCGGACAGGUGCUGGAGAAGGUGCAGAAGGAGUUGCUGGACUACAAGGGAACUGGGAUCAGCGUCCUGUGCACGAGCCAUCGGUCCAAGGAAUUCACUCAGAUCAACGACCACGCCGAGGCUACCCUUCGAAAACUCCUAGAUGUGCCUCCGAAUUACUCGAUCCUCUUUCUGCAAGGCGGUGGAGUCGGUCAAUUCGCUGGAAUUCCACUGAAUCUCCUGAAUGGAUCGUCCGAGAUGGAUUACGCCGUGACGGGUUACUGGUCGAACAAUUCAGCGAAGGAGGCAGGGAAAUAUGGACAGGUGAAUUCGGUGCUUCCUAAACUGGAUUCCUAUACGGGAAUCCCCGAUCGUGGCACAUGGAAACUCUCGCCCCAAGCUGCCUACUUGUAUUAUUGUGGCAACGAGACCAUCUGCGGAGUGGAAUUCCAAGAUGUGCCCGCAGGACUGCCUGGCGUACCUUUGGUGUGCGACAUGUCUUCGCAUUUUCUAACUCGCCCCGUCGAUGUCUCGAAGUACGGACUGAUCAUGGCGGCAGCACAGAAGAACGUAGGUCCAGCCGGGGUAACUGUCGUGAUCGUGAGAGACGAUCUUCUCGGUCGAGCCAAUCCCCUUUGUCCCUCCAUUCUGGAUUAUACCCAACAGAAGAAGAAUAAGUCCAUUCUCAACACGCCUUGCUGCUUCUCGCUGUACGUGACGGAUCUGGUUCUGGAAUGGAUACUGGAGAAUGGGGGAGUGGAAGAGAUGGAGCGACGUUGCAUCGAGAAGAGUGAGAGCCUGUACGGAGCGAUUGACGGAUCUCGGGGAUUCUACUCGAACCCGGUGGAUCCGGGAUGUCGAAGUCGAACCAACGUUCCGUUCCGGGUGGGUGGAGCAGGUGGAGACGAAGCCCUCGAGAAGGCAUUCUUGGAGGGCGCCGCUCAGAAACACAUGAUCCAACUCAAAGGACACAGAUCGGUGGGUGGAGUGAGAGCGUCGCUGUACAAUGCUGUCACCAAGGAGGAAGUGGAGUGCCUCAGGUCCUACAUGAUCGAAUUCCAAGAAGCCCAUCAGAAUUGA